CUGAACCCGUGGCGGUGACUAUGGUAACGAGGUAUAACUAUUUCAAGUAGGGGCGUGGGGUCACUGUUUAGGACAGGCUUUGGCUUGGGUCAGCUAGAGAAAAAUAAUCUUUUUCUUUGGUCUAUUGUGUUAGUCCUAGAGUGAAGAGAAGAUAAUGCACUAUUCUUGUUUCCAUAUCACAGAUGGUCUCGGACUUUGUUACGAGGGGUGUUCUUACCUUAGACAAACUAUAUAGCUUCAUGAAAAAAUUAGUGGUUUAUUAUUCUGUGAUUGAUCUACAAAUUUAUCUGCUAUUUUUUUCUUGUUUGCUGUAAAAUAGAAAUUAAUAAAAUUUAAAAAAAUUAUAUAAUUAAUUUAAUAUAUGAGUCAUUAUCAUAGAAAGGUACAUUUUGGAGUCAGUGAGCUAUAAAUUUCUGAAAAUUCUAGUAAACAACUCUAGAUUGUGUUAAUUGGUUAAAAAAAAAAGAGUUCAAUUUUGAAAUAUUUUUAAGAGUGGUAAUAUCCUAUAUUGUAAGGUCUACAAAUUACUAUAUUUUGAAUUAUGUAAUUUGUGUUUUUGUCAUCUAUAAUUUCAUUACUUCAAAUGAUGUAAAUACCUUACAAGUUAAAAGCUUUCAAUGACUAUCCAGUUAAACAAUAAAUAAUUUUGUGAAAAAUUCUGAGACUCCCUUAAAUUCCUGAAAUAUUGCAAAAUCACUGACUAACUGGAUUGAUGACUUUUCUUCAAACCCCACUCUGUAAUGUUGUCCUAGCUCUGUGUUUCUAUUUAUAAUUUUUAAGACUAGUACUUUACCUACUUAUCUUCUUCACGCCAGCUGGCACACAAGGCCUCAAGUCUUUUUGCUUCCACUCCUGUCCUGAGCCAGUCCUCUUUCCUCCUUCCGUACAUUUAGCCCUGCAAUUUUGCUUAUAUUAGUAGACCUUUUUUUGAAAUAGUGUUUGUCCCGAAAAUUUUAAGAAUUAUUCUUGUACAUUUGUUCUGGAAUGUUUCUAGUUUUUCGGUUUUGUGGUGGCUUCAACAUUCAGCACCAUAUAAAAGUAUGGAGCGAACAACAGCUUUAAAAACAUUUGUUUUAGUGGAGAUUUUUACGUUUGAAGCUCUUCAAAAUUUUUGAAGGCUUCUGAAAUAGGUUCUACCUUUUAUGAUUCUUUAGUUUACAUCAUCGUUGCUGCCUCCUUGUUAAUUUGCUAUUGCUUCAAGUUGAAGGAAAUGCAAAAUGUUAAAGUUAAUUGGGAAGGCAAAGGUUGGAGGGAUGCCUAUUUUGAUGAGAGUGGAAGAGUUCACAUGAUGGAAGAUUUUCAGAACACAGCAGACAGAUCCAUGGAAGAUUUCUUCUCUAUAAACAUAUGGAAAACUGUAUCCAUAGCAUUGACCUGCAUAUUGGCUAUGGUUCUUAUAUGUCUUACAUGCGCCUGCUGCCGUCACUAUAGGCAAAACUACGAACCCGAUGCUACAGCUCAAGUUUCUCCAGUGAUUAAUUCGCCAGUAACAGAACACCCCGCCCCGGAGAACAGGCGUUGCAUAACUACUACUGAUAUGCAGACUGGAUUUCCUGUUGUUGUUGAUAUUGCUUCCGUUUCUGCACAACUUAGUCAAGCAAGAAGUGAGCCACCAUCCACUGAAAAUCAACUAAUGAGUGAUUCGAUUCGAUCUGCACCUUAUGGAUCAAUGGACUAUCAUGAUUCAGUUUCACCGAGCGCACCACCACCCUCUUAUUUAGAAAUAGUUCCACACUCAAAAUGUAAUAAAAAGUAAACACAAUAGCAUCGUGUAAUGACUCGAUCAUUUCGAGUUUUUCAUAGCACAGUAAUCAGAGUCUAUGACAUAUUGAAUACUUUCAUUCAUUUACUUAUCUGGAACUAGCUUAGUUUCCACAACAUGAUUUAUUCUAGAAAUCUAGGAAAAAAUACAAUGUAAAAUUAUGUUAUUUACAAUGAAUCUAAGAAUCUUAUAUCUUUCUAAGAAUCUUAUCUCAUGAAUGUAUAUUCCCCUAGUUAUUAAUUAAGUUAUUUUUUUAGUAGUUAUUAAUUCCCCCUUUCCAACGAGACCAGGAACAUGCACUAUUGAUGUGCACGAUCCCCUGUUGAACGAUUGUGCAUAUUCGUGAAAGGAAUUCAUACAAAUUAAAUUGCAUGAAUUUAUAGAAAAUCCCAUAAUCAUUGUACUUUUUCCUUGUUUACAAAAUCAUUUUUUUUUUGUUCUUCGUAAAAGGGAAAAACUUUUAUAUAAUUUUUUAAAUUCUCUAUUUUGCUGCAAUGGCGAGAUUUAGCCUUUCACUUAUCAUUCCGCAUAUUCACGGACGUAUACAUUAAAAAAACGGAGGAGGAGGCGUAGUUUGAGGAGUGCUUGUGUCAUGUGCUAUCAGUUCAGCAGAGUGCGGAGAACGUGCGGAGAUGAUACGUGAAAGUUCUAGAACUAGUUUUAGAGAGUUUCUCUUUUACUGAGAUAUUUAACACUCAUUCGGUGCAAAUUGCAUGUUCACGCACGAAUGUUUUCUCAGCGCAAUUACUACAGAAUCUCCGUGUUGGAAACAUUUUAUGCGCUAUGCAAAUUAUCUGCUAAAUCAACAGUUCUUAGAAAGUUAUCUUUCGCAAAGUGGCACCAUCUUUAAAUGGUGUUAUAAAAAGCAGUUUGAUGAAGAAAGUAAGAAAUCUGUCUGGUAGAAGGAGGAAUGCA